AUGGCAGAGGCUGAGUCUGCCUCCACGCCUUACACCGAAGGUGAUUUCUACUGUUCGAUCUGUCAAGAAGUUUUCAAAGCACCAGUUCGGGUUGGGGCCUGUCAGCAUGUCAGCAACAGUGAGGCAACCACUUCUGAAAAUGCCGAGGCUUAUCUAGAAGACAGUGCAAUCCCAUCUGAUCAGCCACUUUUUCAUUCUCCUCUGUGCGAAGCAAACAUGACCAGACAGCAUUUGCAUUGUAACAGCAACCACGGAGCAUAUAUUGUUCCAGCCAUUUUCCCGAGUUGUCUCUCUCUUCUAUUGGGUGACCCUACUCAACUUGUCAGAAAUUUCAUUAGUCAUCUAAGUGAGAGACAUCAAUUUUAUUAUGGAGAUUUCAUGAAUCUGUAA